AUGACGUCCCGCGAAGACCAGAUCCUCAAACCCCGAGAUCCGUUACUCGAAGACGAGAACGAAUGGGAAGAGUUCAGCUUGACCGACGUCAAGGUACUGAUCCCUGGUAAGUCACGUUAUGCCAAUUUGCUGGCGACAUCGCCGGAAAAUCCGGUGAGGGUGAUUGGGUGCUUGAAUGAGGUCGAGGAGGAGCAGGAACAUUUAGUCAUCGAUGAAAACUACCUCUCGAAACGUAUCGUUAUUGAGAACGUGACUCAUUACGCCUACGGUCAACAUGCCGACGGCGAAAUUGGGGUUUGGGUCGCCGGCCAAGCUGGCUGGUUCUCCAUUCUACCUGCAAAAGGUUACAAACCAAUGUUUAAUGAUAUGGUGGAAGCAGUCGAUUUGCUCUACUUUUUAGUUGAUCGUCAUCGAAAUCAGCGACCGAGACGGAAACGCCGAGGUAGGGAGGUUACUUUUGAAUACUUGUGUGAUGAGUACGUUACACAUACAAAUGGAAUCUGUGAGGAUGGCGAUGACUCUGCGGAAGUGUUUUAUAAACACUCUUCAUUUCUGCUUUCGCAAAUGAUUCAAGGGAGGGAGGAGGUGCAGUGGAAUGAAACAGAUGUAUUCAAUCACCUGGUCAAGAAGUUUCCGGAUGAAUAUGAACGAAUACUAGCACUGCAGCAAAAACCUGAUGACGGACCUGCGACGGAAGAUCAUGACGGAUCCACAGAUAAGGAGACGGUGAAAGUCGAAGCUAUUCCAAACUCUCAGGCAGACACUAUAUUCGGUAUCAUCACAGAUCUGAAGGAAGCUGGCGCUUUGGCCAAACGCCAAUUGAACCUCGAUCUUGUUGUUAGUACUCUACGCAACCGAAUCGAUGUAGACUCGGAGGACUACGCUAGAGAUUUGAUCGCGGCUAGAUCUAAACAAGUCAUUGAGCGUAUGGACCAGUCAGAGUUCGAUUGGCCUAAAAAGGCAAUUUAUCGAGAAUUGAAACAGCUCGCAGAAAAUGCUGACAUACGCCAAAUUGCCAUCACUCCACUUCGGCCCCGGACGUCUGUUAACGAUGACACGAGCUCCUCCGAUCAUGAAGACGGAGAUGAUGAAGACGAGGAUGAUAGUCCCCGCGCGCGCAGACAUCGUAUGCGGAUGUCCGUUUUACGACCCUCGACUACAAAAGCAGGCAAGAAGACGCGUGGCGGUAAAGCUCCUGCAGCCGUCAGAGAUGAUGCACAUUUAUGUGAAGACAGUGAUGUCAGUGCCGAAGACUUAGACACGCCCAGCAAAUCUCGUGGCCAUAACCUUGUCCGCGAUCCUCCGCCGUCUGCGACAACUCUUCACAUCCGCGCUCGAUCUAUAUUAUCAGAUGCCGACUCUACUUCGUUGGUUAUUCGGAAGACACCAUUACAGGAGACACACCAGUCAGCGAAUCUAUCUGGCCCUGAUGCGGCAUCUGUCAAUCACGAAGACAGUAGCAAAAUCGCUGAUGGCUUACCUGACGACACAUGGAUAUGUCCAGCCGAAGGAUGUGACAAGGUGAUAUGCAAAGCUAGCUCGAAGAGAUCGAAGGAACUCAUCAGCGAUCAUACCCUUACGCACGCCGAGGAUACACAAACAAAGCUCGAUCUCGUAUUUGCCGAACAACGACUCAAUAUUGGUUUGGGAGUUGAUAAUUUGCUACGUCGUAUCCGUGAAUUUGGGACCCUUGAUGGAGUUAAUGGUGAUGGCUCUGAUGUUGCUGCUAAAAGAGUUAGGAGAUGA